ACCUGACGCGGCUGCGGGCUGAGAAAACACAAGAGCCGUCGCUGUCGCCACAGUCGGAGCCGUCUCAGCCACCGCCUGGGGCCUCCGGGACUCUGCACCUCGCCGCCCCCGCCCAUCCUGCCGCGCCAUGCCAUCGGAGAAGACCUUCAAACAGCGCCGAACCUUCGAACAAAGAGUAGAAGAUGUCCGACUUAUCCGAGAGCAGCAUCCUACCAAAAUCCCGGUAAUAAUAGAACGAUACAAAGGUGAGAAGCAGCUGCCAGUCCUGGAUAAAACAAAGUUCCUGGUGCCUGAUCAUGUCAACAUGAGUGAGCUCAUCAAGAUAAUUAGAAGGCGCUUACAGCUCAACGCUAAUCAAGCCUUCUUCCUGUUAGUGAAUGGACAUAGCAUGGUGAGUGUGUCCACGCCAAUUUGUGAAGUGUAUGAAAGCGAGAAGGAUGAAGAUGGAUUCCUGUAUAUGGUAUACGCCUCUCAGGAGACUUUUGGAAUGAAAUUGUCUGUGUAAGACUAAAAAAAAAUGUGUCUCUUCUAGAAUUUAAACCCUUACCAAGGAAUAAAAAAGGGAUGUUACCAACUGA